UCUGCAAUAAAUCAAUCUGCAGUAUCAGAUACAGAUUAAUCUGCAAUAUCCAGUUGGAUGGUACAAUGCUGUUGUCCAGCCAGCCUUUCAUCUCCCCUACCCAGACGACACACUGGCCUUCGUGAUCCUCAGCACGCCUUCAAUGUUUGACAAGGCCCUUAAACCUUUCGUGAAGAAAGAACGAUCAAAAAUAAUCAGGGAUCCCGUGGAUCAGUGUAUUUCCUAUCAUUUAUCACGUGUGAAGGAGAAAUUCCCUGACCAGAGGGUGGAUGUCAUGUUUGAUUAUGAGAUCCUGCCGAGCCGAAAGCCCAAGUUCUUGGCACAGACAGCUGCCCACGUUGCUGGAGCUGCAUAUUACUACCAAAGGAAGGAUGUGAAGCAUGAUCCAUGGGGGAAAAAGAAGAUCUAUGGCGUGUGUAUCCAUCCCAAGUAUGGCGGUUGGUUUGCUAUCCGGGGUCUCCUCCUGUUCCCAGACAUUCAGGUGCUGUUCCUGGAGCAGCCUGCCCCCGUUGACUGUGUGAGCACAGAGGAGAAAAGGAUUGAGUUGCUGGAGCAGUUCAAUUUUCACUGGCAGGACGGGCGCUACAGGGACAUCAUUGAGGUGAAGGAAAGGUAUUCAGAGGAGCAAAGAGUCUACUUUGCCACCCCUCCAGCCGAGAGAUUCCGACUGCUGGGGCUGACACAGGAAGCCCAGAGAAUCGAAUUUCAGUGAGUAACUGGCUGCAGGGAGGGGCAGAGGGCAGCAAAGUGUAACUCAUCAGCGCCGACCUUUCCCUGGUGCCGAGGAGGAGAAUUGUGUGCGUGUAUAAAGAGAUGGCAAAUCCCAGCAGCGUGGGCAGCGUCUCUGUCCAAACAUCAGCUUCCCAGAGAGAGGGAGUACUGCUCCAUAGCAGUGCUGGGGGAAGGUGGGAGCAGUGCCUUCCGUGCUGCUGCUGAUGGGGUGUGUCUUUUGGGGAGUCCAUCUUUUUGGUAAGAUGCUGAUUGGCCUUUGGUUGGGAGUAGUUCAUACACCCUGGCACCUGGAAAACCCCUGGUACUCACUAGAGAAGUCAUUUUUGUUCUCAAGAAUUUUCUUUCCAAGUGUCUUUGUAAGUGUAAAAAAAGUUCAGCCAUAGUACU